AUGCACUUCUCAGAAGUGAUUAAACGUCUAAAAGACUUCCACUUUAUAUUUCGACUAGCUAGGAGUGAGUAUCAAAACAAAGAUCGUCUGCGUCAUCUUCCCUGUGGACACGCAUUUCAUGUAAAAUGUAUUGACCCUUGGUUAAAAGGGUCGAUAACUUGUCCGAAGUGCCGUGCUAGUGUUCGCACUGGGUUAACUCGCUUGGAACGGGCUCGUCAACGACUGGUCACCCGGUCAAACGUUAGGACUUGUUCAAGAACAGUUCCUGGAAUAGCACUUCGUCAGCGACCAAGUGUACCCAUUCCAAGUACCCAAGAACAGAAUCGUUCAUCACGUAGAGGACAAGAUUCGAGCUGUACCAAUCGAAGUCGAGGAUGCAGACAUAAUUCUGUUGGUGAUACCACUUCUGUCACACCAACUGUUCGAAUUACUCGUGCACGAAGCAAAGCUACGAAUGCUGAUGGAACAACGUCUACCACUGCUCACCGUCCUACAAAUACUGUAUCUAAUCGAAAAAAUCAACGGACUACUUGGCACUCGAAUUCCUCUCAACCAAACACUUCUUCGCAUAGAACAGAGGCUACUCAUGAAAAAGAUGAUGGAAAUGGUCAACUUCAUCCGAACUCUAAACAAGCCGACACAGAAGCUAGUGAACAAUAUCGGAAUAGACAUAACUCCCAGGUUAGAAUAAGUUUUAAUAAACACGGAGCUUAA